UGUCAGCUGUCAUUAGGCACAGAUGACACACACUCGCACACACACACACACACACUCACUGAGCUAUCCGGCAGAGGAACGAGGGGAAAUACAGAACGAGUGUGUAUUUAUGGUGUGUGUGUGUGCGUGUGUUGUGAAUCAGUUGUGUUGACUGUGUACAUGGAGUGAAGACCAGUGUGUCCGCCCGGCCGGCAUGGGAGGACUGGCCGGCUCUGGACUUGUUAUGGACUGGUUUAAGCGAAGCAGAGGUGCUGAUAUUUGCUGAAGAUGAGUAGUGGGAGGGCGGACAGCCCGGAGCCCCCCCGAGGGGGAGAGUCUCUGAAGAGGAAGGACUGCCAGUCGGACCUCCUGGGACCCAGCCCGAAGAGGAGCACCGAGAGGAGGAACCGGGAGCAGGAGAACAAAUACAUCGAGGAGCUGGCAGAGCUGAUCUUCAACAACAUCAACGACAUGGACGACCUGAACGUCAAGCCGGACAAAUGUGCCAUCCUCAAGGAGACGGUGAAGCAGAUCAGGCAGAUCAAGGAGCAGGACAAAGCUCCGGUGGCGGAUGAGGAGGAGGUGCAGAAGGCCGACGUCUCCUCCACAGGACAGGGCGUCAUCGAUAAGGACGCUCUUGGGCCCAUGAUGCUCGAGGCCCUGGACGGCUUCUUCUUCGUGGUCAACGUGGAGGGCAACAUCGUGUUUGUCUCGGAGAACGUGAGUCAGUAUCUGCUCUACCAGCAGGAGGAGCUGAUGAACACCAACGUCUACAGCGUGCUGCACGUUGGGGAUCACGCCGAGUUCAUAAAGAACCUGCUGCCAAAGAGCAUGGUCAACCAUCGCAGCGGUGACCCCUCCAGCAGGAACAGCCACACCUUCACCUGCCGCAUGUUGGUCAAGCCCCAGGUGGACGGAGAAGAGCAGGCGACCUCAGAGCAGCAGGACACGGCGCAGCAGAAGUACGAGACCAUGCAGUGUUUCGCUGUGUCCGAGCCCAAGUCCAUCAAGGAAGAGGGGGAAGAUUUCCAGUCUUGUCUCAUCUGCGUGGCAAGAAGAGUCCCGGUCAAAGAGAGACCUGUGAUGAAGUUCACCACCCGGCAGGACCUUCAAGGUAAGAUCACAUCGCUGGACACCAGUCUGCUGCGGGCGUCCAUGAGGCCGGGCUGGGAGGACCUGGUGCGACGCUGCAUUCAGAGGUUCCACCUGCAGAACGAAGGCGACAUGUCCUUCGCCAAAAAGCACCAGCAGGAAGUGUUGAAGAGCGGCCAGGCGCUCAGCCCCAUGUAUAGAUUCUCCCUGGCAGACGGAACCACGGUCUCGGCUCAGACCAGGAGCAAGCUGGUCCGGUCUCCAACCACCAGUGAGCCACAGCUCUACAUGUCGCUGCACAGCCUGCAGAGGGAUAUCGGUGGUGGAAUGACCACAUAUGCACCAGGCGGGCAGGUCGUGGUCAAGCCAAUGACCCCAACCAGUGCGAGUGGUCCCUCUGCCUCCCCUGACGCCAGUGUCACCAGCAACACCCACCACUCCAGGUCAGCCCCCAGCACCCCUGGACGGGGUUUCGGGGCUGUGUCGGGUCGGGCCUCCACGCCUCAGGGGAACAGCCACGGACUCAAGCUGGGCAGCCCUUCUGCCCAGGGAAGCCCCAGCGUCAGCUCAGGGGCCCAGGGGGCCAUGCUGUCUCCUCGUCAUCACCAGAGUCCCGGCAGCAGCUGCAGCAGCCCUCACCUCUCCCAGCACCCCCCUGGUUCCUUCUCUCCUGUCGCCGGCCUCCACUCGCCCGCGUCCGUGUGCAGCAGCACCGGAAACAGCCAAGUGUUCAACUCCCUCAGUGCCCUGCAGGCCCUCAGCCAGGGCCACAGGGUCACCCAGGGCCUCACAGAGGGCCAGCAUCCCGACUCACCUGACAGAAAGAUGGCUGGCCUGCAGAGCCCUCUUCACUGCAGCAGCACAGGAAGCAGCCAGCUCGCGAAGAACCAUCCCGGCUUAGAGGCUGACUUGUUUGGGACCUUUGGGGAGCAGCAGGACUUGUUGUUGUCCCAAAACCAGGAAGGUGAGCAGGGGGAGGACAAAGACGGUGACCCCGACAGCUUGGACAGUAAUGGAGGUGAGCUCGGCGACACCACAAACCACCUUCUCAGCACCAAAGGGCACACGAAGCUGCUCCAGCUCCUCACCACUAAGUUAGAACCCUCUGAUCCCGGCUCACCCCCGGGGCCCCUCAGGGACGAGCAGAACUGCAAGGACCCGCUGAGCAGGGUCGGGGGUGCCGGCGGGGCUGGGAAUAACAACUACUCCACUUCAUUAAAGGAGAAGCACAAAAUCCUCCACAGGCUGCUGCAGAACAGCACCUCGCCCGUGGAGUUGGCCAAGCUGACGGCGGAAGCUACCGGGAAAGACGCCAUCGGUCCCGAGUCGGCUGCGCUGGACAACAUGGCCUCACUGGCUGAACUCUGCAUCAAACAGGAGCCGGGCAGCCCCAAGAAGAAAGACAAUGCACUGCUCCGCUAUUUGUUGGACAGGGACGAUAACGGCAUCCUGGACAAAGCAGCGAAGAUGGAGCCGGGCGAUGGACCGAAGCUGUCCAGCAUUAAGACAGAGAAACAGGAAGUGGGUUUCAACAUGGCGGACCAGGCCAGUGAACUUGAGGACCUUCUGGAGGACCUGCAGAGUGGCGGCCAGCAGCAGCAGCUGUAUGGAGCCCAGCCACCAGCUAGAGGACCACCCUCCUCUUCAUCCUCUUCCUCCUCUGUCCCGCCCAGGCCCUCGGUGGACAAACAGACCAUCAUCAGCGACAUCCUACACAUGAGCAACCAUAGCGGCGGCAGCAGCCCCCCCAAUCAGCACAGAGCCUUCCCUCCCAUGGGCCCAGCAACAGGUUUCAGUGGAGCCAGGCAGGGCCCCCCCGGUCGGGCUGCUCCUCCUGUCAGGAGCAUGUCCCUGGACGGCAGCAUGGGCGCCAACCCCAACGCCGCCAGGCCGUUCCCUCCUCAUCACAGGAACAUCAGCCCCUACUCCUUACUGCAGCAUCAACAGCAGCAAGGCAUGAUGGGAAGUCACGCAGGAAUGGCCAACCAAGCUGCGAUGGCCAACUCGGGCAUGCUGACAAAUGGGUCGAUGCGAGGCUCCAUGCAGCAGGGCUGGGGUCCCCAGGGGCCAAUAGGGGGUCCCCAGGGGCAGAUGAUGGGCCAGGGGAUCGGACCUGGGCGCAUGGUCCCCACCAUGAACACUGGGCUCCCCACGAGAGGCCCCCCUGGAUCCAGAGCGAUGGUGAACAUGCAGAUGAUGGGAAAUGAGAUGGAGAUGGCGAACCCUUCCUACCCUCAGCAGCAGGCCCCGCCCAAUCAGACGGCUCCAUGGCCAGACCGGAUGAUGAUGGAUCACUACGGAAACCAGAGCAGGUACGGCGUUCCACAGGCGGAGGGGAUGGGGUGUUGCUCCAUGGGGCCCGAGGGCCAGCCAGACGAAGGGGCCCUGCUGAGCCAGCUGUGCUCGGUGCUAAAGGACUAUGAGGGUCUGGAGGAGAUCGACAAGAUGCUGGGAAUCCCAACGCUGGCCCGACAGGCUCCUCUGUCAGACCAGGACGGCAUGAAGCCUCCCCAGUACAGCCAACACUACGGCGGGCAGCCAGGCUAUGGCGGCAUUCCAUCUGAUGGCGGCUUCCAUGGACCCUCGAUGGUCGGCCACAUGGGGCAACAGAGGAUGCCACCUGGUGGUUACCCCCCAAUGAUGAGGAUGCCCGGAGGUGUGGGGCCCAGACAGGCAGGAAUGAGGCCGGGGGCUCCCAGUGCCGGAGUGCCCCCUCAGCCCAACAACCUGAGGCUCCAGCUGCAGCACAGGCUCCAGGCCCAACUGAACCGUCAGCCGGUGGGGAACCAGAUGAGUGGAGUCUCCAACAUGAAUCUACCUCUAAGGUCUAAUGUACCAAACCAGGGAUCCCUCAACGCCCAGAUGCUGGCCCAGCGGCAGCGCGAGUACCUCAGCAACCACCUGCGCCAACGCCAGCAGCAGCAGCAGCAGCAGCAGCAGCAGCACCUGCACCACCAGCGUGCCAUGAUGAUGCGGACGCAGGGCCUCAACAUGCCCAGCGGGGGCGCCGCGCCCACACCGAUGCCCAUCGGCGGCACCAACCCACGUCUCCCGCAGGGCAACCCGCAGCAGUUCCCCUACCCGGCCUCCAGCUACGGUACUGGCCUGCCCUCUCCUCCUCCACCUCCUCAUCCCAGCUCCUCCAGCCCCUUCUCCUCCUCUCUCUCCCCCAGCCGUCAUCUGAGUAGCCAGGGCAUGAUGGGAAAUGUGGGCGGGCAGUAUGGCGGGGUAAUGAGUCCGCCGGCUCAGCACAGUGCCUUCCAGUUCAGCAGUUCAGGGAUGAGCCAGCAGCAGCAGCAGCAGCACCAGGACCCAGUGUCGGGCUUCUCCUGUGGGGCUGCGACCCCUCAGAGCCCCCUGCUGUCCCCCAGGAUGGGGCAGGGUCAGAGCCCCAUGCUCCUGCAGAGCCAGGGCCAACCACAGCCCCAACCCCAGGGCCCGAACCAGGGAGGACCCCCCAGCUACCAGACCAGCACAGACCUCAACGGGUGGCCCCAGCCGGCAAACAUCUCCACCAGCAACAGUGUGUACCCACAGCAGUCCCAGUCCCAGUUCUCCACACAACCCAACGCAGGAAUGUACAACGGCAACAACCACGGCAUGAGCCUGGGAGUCCUGGCCGGCAACGGUGGCAACAUGAGCCAGAUGUCGGGGCAGAUGAGUUCCAUGAGCACCGAGCAGGUGAGUGACAACAGCCUGAUCCUGGAGCAGCUGUGUCAGGAGCUGACACAAGACGAUGACAACAGUUCGAACUUCUGCUGACCCCUGCUGAGGUCACAGGUCAGAACCACCAGCUUGAAUGAAGAAACAAGGAGUGGGAUGUGAACCCUGCUCCCGCUGUUACUCGUGAUGGAUGCUCACGUGAGACCAUGAUGUAAAACCCUCUGAGCUGCAUCCACUUCACUUUGGCUCGUUCAGAAGAUCAGACAUUAUGAGGAAGCAGCCGUCUGAGCCAUCCUAACAGCAAACACACAAACUGAAGAAUCACAUUGCCACAGCGCAUUCAGGUUUUUAUGAUUCAUUCCUAAGUUAUGAGAUAAUCUAUACAUGUCUGUCAAUUCGGAUUCAAGCUGGAGUCAGAUGAAACGAAAGCAGAACAUUCAUUAUUAUCUUCACUAGCUCCUUCAGUUUUAAGUUAAUGUCGACUAAACACUGGUUUUACUAAGAAAACGUUUCAUAUUCUUUUUUUAAUUAAAGGAAACUCGAUUAACACUGAAGUACAAACAGAGACAGGUUUUGCUGUUAGCGUGUGCUCUGAUCAGAUGAAUGUAUUCCUAAGCUUUUACCUGUGGGUCUCUCAAGUCUCUGAAGCAGUGUGUUUGGGUGUGUUUGUGUUUGUGUUGUGUGUGUGUGUGUGUGUGUGUGUGUGUGUGUGUGUGUGUGAGAGCGAGAGACUGAAACCAGUUCCCAGAUUGACACUGGAGAAGUGAACGAUCGAAAAGCAUAAAACAAAACCUCUUGAUUUUAACAUUUAUGGUUCUAUUUUCGAGCCCGACUGAAAGACGUCAAAUUAGACGGUUUCUGAAAAAAGAAAUAUUUAAAAAAAAGAUAUUUAUAGUUUUGAAGAAAAUUUGUAGAGAUUAUUUGUAUGACAUGUAAAACAAAAAUCAAGGAUAUCUUUCUUCAAAAUGAAAUCUCUUCAGAAUGGUACAUUUUGAUGUUGAUUUUAAUAUAAUUAAUAUAUUUCAACUGCUGUAGUUACCGGGGAGCUGUAUCCCCGUCUAAUGACUUUUUGAAUGAAGGUAAAUGUGUAUAGAUAGUGUACAUACUUAGAUUUAUUAAAAAAAAAUACAUUUUCCCCAGAGUGGUAAAGCAAAGCAGCAGAAGAGAAAUAAUUUCACAGGUCGAGUGAAACCUCAGUGGGUGACUUGGCUAACGUUAGCAUCAGCAGCUCCGAGCUCUCUGGGUAAACAGCAGAUUGGUCAAAAUUCAGAUUUGUGCAGUUUAUGACAAACAAAACAACUCGCUGCAAAUGACAACUCUCUAAACAAAGAUGGUGUCUGUGAGUAAACAACGCUUCACUCCAUCCUGUUGUUUGUGUGUUGGCUUCGCCCACUGAGACUUUGUUCCACUGUGGUCGUUUCUGCCUCCGAAGCAGCUUUCCCUCGACACAACUUGUGUUUGUGUGAAACUAAUAAAAAAAAACUGUUAUUUGAAAUGAGCCUUUGUGGUGGCGACGCACUGGCAGGACUCACUAUUGAAUUACAAGCUGAAGGAGGAAGUUGUGUGUCGGUUUGUUGUGUGUUUCCGGCUGCGAUCUUUGAACAACAACACAUUCUCUUCGUGCCCCUGAACCGACGACUGCAAAUACACACGAUGUUUCUCCUGAUUUGAAGCCAAAUCGUGACCCAUAAUUAACACUAGCUUAAAUAACAGAAAAAUGUAUUUAACAUACUAAGUACUUCGGCUUAUUACUUUGGUCCAUUUCCCAUCUGCUAACAUGGAGGAGGGGGGGUCACCAGGGGGCGAUAGAGAGGAUUUGGCUUCACUUUUCGGAGCUGCCGUGUCGUCCAUCUUUUAUCUUGAGUGUAUGUGUUGAAAACCAAAACACAGAAAGACGUGAAGUCACAGACUGAACCUCAGACAUUGUGAGGAUACUUGAACUGAACUGAUGUAAAGGUGCUCUCUCACAUGAACCUGUAAAACUCACUGUAACAAAGACACACGUGGAUUCAUUCAAUCUGCUCAAUGUGAACUCAUUCUGACUGAUUCACUAUUUCUUUCUCUUUCUCUCUCGAUUCAUAGAAACACGUGUGAUCAAUUGCAAAAUACUGUAAUGCAUGAAUUUACCUGAAGAUGCUAAAGACGUAGCAUAAGGCCUUAGCUCUGUGGUUGGCUGGUGUGUAACUGUAAAGUUUAUAGGUUGUUGUAUGUGUCCCACGCGGCUCAGUGAGUGUUUAACCACUUCAUGCUGUAGCUGUUUUAUUACACAACCAGGAAUUUGUAUCUUCUCUCCCAAGAAACGACAUAAACCAAAUUAACUUGAAAUUAAAACAAUACUUUGUUCGGAAUUUGUAAUGAAUAUUCUUUAAAGUUUUGUUUUUUUUACCUUUGCUGCGGCUACAUCAGUUUAUCUAUAUCUGGUAUUUGAAGGAUUCUAGUUCUGCCAAAAUCAAACGCACAUCUCUGACAUGAAAUUAUCCCACAUUACACAAAAUUUGAAAAUAUUACUGCAGCUUAGAGGAAGGUAAAAAUGCUCUGCUGUGGUUUCUGAGAUUUCACUUUAACAACCGGUUUGUGUAGCGCUGAAUAUCAGCAUCACAGAUUUUCAAUAACAAUAACAAUAAAAUGUGUCCUAAAUAAUCUGAACUUAAUCUAUAAGUGAAAUCUGUAAUAUGUAUUUUGUGCUGUAAUGUCUUUAGAGAAUAUUCUUAAAAUUUGUUGUGAUUAUUCUCCGAGGGUUAAUUCCUCAAGAUCCUGUUGUUAGAACCAGUUUGAUUUGAGGUGUUUCUCAGUAAAAUGAUAUUUCAGAGCAAAAGGUCAAAGUGUGAGAAGCGAGUCUGAGUUCAAAGUGUCUGCAGGUUUUCAGGAGGUCGUCGGUUCAGUUCUUUACUCAGAGUGAGUGUGUUAUUAUGCAAAAGUCCAGACGCUCACACCACUUUAUGCAAGCUGUCCCCACUAAUGUUGCUUCUGCCAAUGCUACUCGUUAAUUUAUGAUUCAUGCCACUGUAAAUAAAUUAUUUUUAUGAAGCGGA